ACUGAGUUGUACAUCGAACACAUAUUACUUGACACGAAAAGUUUAGUAUGACAGAAACUACUCGUGAUGGGGACUUCAACUCUAAGCAGGUGCAUCAUUUUUAUGAGCUUUCUUGCGGUUGGUGCGUGCAAGACGAUGCCGGUAGUGCAAACAACUUCCGGUCCGGUUCAGGGAUCGAUCCACUCGUAUAACGGAUCUGACGUCCACCAGUUUAUUGGCAUACCGUACGCUGCGCCACCGGUACGCGAAUUGCGCUUUAAGAAACCGGUUCCUCCAACAGCUUGGAACGUAACAUUUGCGGCGGACAGGUUUCCGCCGUCAUGUAUGCAGUACUUGUUUGAGAACGACAGGUAGCUAAUUCCGAAAGAAAGUCAGAAUAUUUCCGAAGACUGUCUGUACAUGAAUAUUUAUGUACCUAGAGCGACAUCAUCGGCUGAACCGAAGGCUGUUAUGAUUUGGAUACACGGAGGAGGUUUUAACGCAGGGCAAGGGUCCAUUUUUGAUGCCUCGUACAAUGCACUGA